AGGGCGGCGGGCCCCUCUGCCUCUUAGGGCGCUCUUUCUCGCCAUGGUGUGCUGGGGUCUCGUUUGCGCCCUGGCGGCGGCCGGCCUCCUGAUCUACCUGAUCAUCCAGCUCGCCAUCUGGCUCCGAGCUGACAGCGACCUCACCGUGCUGGCGGCGGAAUGGUGGGGCAAGAAGCCGGAAAAGGAGCUGCCUGGGAAAGUUGUCUGGGUGACGGGAGCUUCCAGCGGAAUCGGCGAGGAGAUGGCUUACCAGCUGGCAAAGAUCGGCUCGCCACUUGCACUCUUGGCGAGAAGGGAGAACGAGCUGGAGAGAGUGAAAAAGAAGUGCAUUGAGAUCAGCAGCCUCACUGACAAGGAUAUCCUCAUUGUGCCGCUUGACUUGACUGACAGAAGUGCCCACGAAGCGGCGACAAAAACUGUCCUGAAGCAUUUUGGAAAGAUCGACGUCUUGGUGAACAACGGCGGCCGUUCCCAGCGCUCCCUCUAUGUAGACACGUCCGUCGAUGUCUACAAGGCUAUCAUGGAGCUCAACUACAUUGGCACCAUCUCCCUAACGAAAUACGUCCUGGACCACAUGAUACAGAGGAAACAGGGGAAGAUUCUCACCAUCAGCAGCGUGAUGGGCAUCAUGGGAGCUCCCUUGGCCACCGGCUAUUGCGCCAGCAAACACGCCUUGCAGGGCUUCUUCAACUCUCUCCGACCUGAGCUGACUGAUUAUCCUGGGAUAAGUAUAAUUAACAUCUGCCCGGGGCCUGUGCAGUCACAGAUCAUACAAAACGUCUUCACUGAAGAUAUUGCGAAGGCAAAUGCAAACGUUGGGGAUCAGUCUCACAAAAUGGAAACCGGCCGUUGCGUGCGACUAACACUGAUCAGCAUGGCUAACGAUAUAAAGGAAGCCUGGAUCAGCGACCAUCCCUACCUGGCAGUCUGUUACCUCUGGCAAUACACACCUACCUGGGCGUGGUGGUUGUUGAACCGCCUAGGGAAGAAGCGAAUUGAGAAUUUCAAAAGAGGAGAGGACGCUGAUAUUUCUUACUACAAAAAAUCUUCUUAAAGGAGCAUUAUGUUCUCCUUUUCACCGAUACCAGCAUAAGGAGGAGGAAGAACCCCGGCUUUAAGUACACAUUCUUUUUUGAGGAUAAGGAAUGACGUUAUAAUACGUAACCCAUACCUGUUCCACUAUAGUCUCUUGAAUAAAAAAUGAUUUUAUAGCGC